AGCUCCUAGACUUUUAUAUUUGACGCAUUUUAUUGUAUUAAUUUGGAUUAUUUUUAAUCAAUAAAAAUGAACCAUCACAGUGACUACAGCAGUGGCAGCGGCACUUCUUUAGAUUCGUACUCGUGGGGAGGCAGUCAGUCGCUACCAACGCCCGAGAGUCACUUAUCAGCCUUGAACCACGCGUCCCGAGGCAGAUCUGUCAGCUACGUAGAUGUGAGCAGGAGAACCCACGUAGACAGAGUGAUGGAGGAGUUCCGAAUGAACGGCGUCGAUUCCCCGUACGAUCCCGAUGUAGACGGCGUAAACAGACGCGCUGCGUCGAUGGUGCUGCAGCCCAGCGCGCACCGCGGCACGCCCACACGCGCGCCGCACCUCGCCGCACAGGUGUACCAGCCGCCCGCGAUGCCCGCACUCGACCGCGGCUAUGUCUCCGCUGACAACAUGGGCGCUGGCGCUUUGGCAGGGGAGGCCAUAACUGAGGAGCAAUACCGCGUGCUGAGCUCGCUGCCGCGCGUCGUGGUGCGCGCGCUGCUGCAGCUGCUGCGAUCCUUCGACCGCCCGCAGCACGCCGACCGCAGCGACGAGAACCGCGGGUGCGCGUUCUGCCGCGCGAAUGGCGAGCGCGUGUCGUACUACCAGUCGCACGCGCUGCGCCGCGCCGGCCGCGUCACGUGCCCCGUGCUGCGCGAGCACGUGUGCGCGCGCUGCGGCGCCACCGGCGACUUCGCGCACACCAACAACUACUGCCCGCUCGCCUCGCAGCUCGAGCGCGAGCGGUCGGCUGCCAUAAUGCGCAGCGUGCGCAUGUCGUCGGAGCGGCGGCGCGGGCAGCGCGAGCGCGGGGCGGGGGAGCGCGGCGAGCGCGGGGCGACGCGCGCCGUCUCUCUGGCCGACAGGGUGUAUAGUGGAGAACUCGCACUCGACCCUGUCUGGGCAGAGCUGGAGAAGAAGUUAACGCAGUAAAUUACUAAUUAUUUCAUUCCUAAUUGGUAUUUGAAAGCGUUAGCUUUAUUUUUAUAUUUUACUAUUUCGUACUUUUGUUUUUUCUUUAAAUAUUGUCAUGUUAUUUUCGCGUUAGUACGCUAGAUGGCGCAUUUAUAUAAUUUCGAUUAACAUUAUGAAAAAUUGUAAAAAACGUCUCAUGGUUUUAAGCGUUAACAAUCAAUGAGAUUUUUCAAUAUAAAUUUGACAUUUACUUGUUUAUAAAAUAAGUUUUUUUUGUGACCGAUAUAAUACAAUUUACACAUUUGUCUUUGUUAAUUAUGUACUACAUUUUGUGAAGUUAUUUACACUUUUAAUUUUUGACUACGAGACCAAUGUAAUAUUUGAAACCACACAAAAAGUUAGAAUAUGAGCAUUCU